UUUUGUUCAGCUUUUUACACUAAAGCUAAUACAAUGUGCCAACACCAUAACUACAUAUAAUGCAAUGGAAGGUUUGGUUUUUUCAAAUAUUUGAUUGGGCCACACUUGAGCUAUCUUGCAUGCAGGGAACUCAGAAGGCCUCUAGUUAAUUAUUCACCUGCCUGUCAAAUUUAUUGUGUCCGCUGAUGCAGUCAGAAAGCAUUGCCUUCUCUUCCCACACUAAGACAGAAUACGCACAAAUCACACCUGUCAGAACUCCUAUAAUAGGUUUUUUGUCAAUUUCAGAGAACAGAGGUCAUCAACUACAAGGCCGGUACACAAGCAAUAGUGAGGACUCUCAAUCAGGCAUAUCUGCAUGUACCAUGGACCGCCAUUGUCCUGUAUGUUUACAUGUUGCCAUUUUUCCUGUGGAGACAAACUGUGGGCAUCUAUUCUGUGCUCCUUGUCUAAUAUCGUACUGGAAGCACAGCUGCUGUUUCGAGGCUAUCAGCUGUCCUUUGUGCAGACAAAAGGUCAAUGUCAUGUAUCAUCUGUUCCAUGAGAACAGAUCAGACAGGAAGGAGCGAGAGGUACUGGGCCACAUUAGAGACUACAAUAAACGCUAUUCCGGAGCACCACGACGAAUAAGUGACUACCUUUCUGAUGCUCCUUUCUUCUUGCUGCUUUUGUUCCGGGCUUUGGGAAACAUGGGCAGUUUGGUGUGGCUCUUCCUGCUAAGAGUGGCACUGUGUGGAUUCGGGGCCGCUGCAUCAUUUGUGUCUCCAUUAGAGGCUAUGCCUGGACACUUCAGUGGGGCAUUGGGGCUUUUAGAUGACCUAGUGGUAGUCUUCCUCCUCCUUAUUGCCAUCAUUAACAUCCACCAGCAGAUGGUGCCAGAGAGGACCAGCAGGCCACACACAGUGGAACAUGGAAUACUGUCUGACAUGUUGUAAAAUGGUGGGCAAAGGACACUGGAUGUCCAAGAAGCACCAUGAGGGAACAUGAAAACAGGGAACUACCCGCGUCCUCUUCGUCAGACUCCACAGCCAGGGGUGAUGUCCGUGAAUUUUUAAGCAGAAAAACUCUAAGAGAGGCUAGUUAUGCCUUUAUCAGUAUUACACAUGGGUCUGGAAAGAGUAACUGUGAAAGGCUUCUUAGUCCUGCUUGCUGUAGUCACUGAGUGAUGUUUAAAGGUGUAUGACUGUGUAUAAAAAACUGUUCUUAUCAGUCUACUCACCACGUACACUUAAUGAAGGUCUUACAUGUGAUACGUUUUCAUUUAUUGGUGUUUAUGAUUCAUUUAUGAUGUUUAUCAUUCUUAUUUUCCUCACUGAUACACUUCUGAUGUAAUAUAAUAAAGUAUUUUUGUAUUUUCAGUG